AUGUGCAGAGAGGCCUUGGCUGCCAAAGCUGCUGCAGAGGCUAUAACCACCUUCAACAUGGUUGACGACGUCAUCCGCGCCGUCGCUGAGUACCUGGGGCGAUCAUCACCGUGGCAUCAACGCUUCAUGGAGCUGCAGGAGGUCUUCACUUCCACCAACCUCGAGGUGCAGGGGAUACACGAGGUGCGGUGGCUUUCAAGGGGUGCAGCAGUCGCCCGCUUCGUCGAAGUCCCUGCCAUCGUGCUCGACUACCCCUUGGUGCAUACGCAGAUUGUGCGCACAACCUCUCUCUUGGAGAGCCGCUACAUCGACUGCGGAGACGACUUCGGCGGCGGCACCAACGAGCGGCUAUACCGCUUCUUCGAGAAGCAUGGUCCGAAGGGGUCACCGGAGAUGGUGGUGGAAGGCGCGUCGUCGGAUGGCAGCCUCAACCGCUUCAAGGUCACCCUACACGAGCGCAGAGUGGCGAGCUAUCUUGGGGCAGGGCAUCACGACGCGUGUGUGGCGCUCUGCGCCGACAUGGCCGAGCUCCUGGUCCAACAGCUCCAGUCAAAGCUCGGCGACCUCGACUCUCUUUCCGGCGUGCGGCUUUUCAUUCCUGACUUGUGGCAACCGAAUUGGGAGAGGAGCGCACGGCAGGCACAGUGCCUUGAGUGGCUGUUGUCGCUAGUCACUCUGUUUCGCGCCGACGACUCCGACGAGAUUCUACCAGGUUAG